AUGCCCCGUUUAUUCCCAAAUCUUGGCCGCUCCUCGAAGGAAAAUGCUCGCGGAGAAUACGCAUAUUAUGAGGAUUGUGAUCCACAGCAUGGUCAAUAUGGCUAUGGAUAUGAUGAACAAGCUUAUGAAGCUAUGCCCCGAGCCCCUUCUGCCUGGCGCAGAGUGCUCUCAAGAAAGUCAAAGACAGGUGGUAGGGCCUAUUAUGGAGAGGGAGAAAUACCAGGUUUUCAGCGAAGCAGGUCCUAUCGUGCGACUGUAGAAGAUUACCCAGAAAGCCGUCCUGGGAUGCACUACGCUGCAUCCGACGAUACAGAGUCCUAUGUGAACAUCCCUUCCCGAGCUCAUAGUCCGGUGCCCAUCGUGCAGCGAGAGAGCUCGCUAAGCCGUCUGCAAGAAGCAUUCGCAGAUCAUGGAACUUACUCACCAGCCACGCUGGAAUCGUCCACACCCCAGCCUCAUAGGGCGACGCCGCGACAAAUGCCGCAGGCGAGGCCUGUGCAAUUGAGUACGAUACAUGAGGCGAGACACGAGCCGCGACUGGUGAGCAGUUCCACCACGCCCCUGGAGGGCAUCCGGCCCGAUGUGAUGCGGACAUCAACGCGGCGUCGUCCGAGCCGCCACGUUCGUCCUACCUUCAUGGAGCCCGAAGAGGUCGAGGUUCAGUAUGUCGAGUCAGAGGCCCCGGCGGUGCAAUGGGGUCAUCAGACAGCACAUCCGGAAGAGUACCCAUCAGUCGUGGUUGUCGUGCAGCGCGGGCGACACGGUGAAAAAGACACAUAUUAUAUCAUCCCUGGCGGUGCCCCAGUCAUCUUCGAGGAUGACAAUGGGAACGAAAUCACUCGCGUGGGAGAUUUUAGCGGAAAUUACAUUCCCCAGCCUACUCGCCCGGUAAUUGUUCAGGACGAGUAUGGACGUGAGCUUUGCAGAGCUGGAUUCGACGAUAACGGAGUAUUCGGCGGAUCGCAUUCAAGCAACUACUAUGGCGGGCAGCGCUCCAGGCAUCGCAGUCGGCCGCGCCGUGACGAUAGAUACGAUAGUGAACGAGGAGGAUCGUAUCGAUCGCAUCGUUAUCAAAAUUAUGGCUACGACAACUACGACGAGAGGGAAUAUGGUCGGAGGGACUACCAUGAUCCUUAUGAGGAUGACGGAUCUCCUCAAGUUGUUUUUGUUGAUCCUAGCAAUUCGUCUUCUUCAGGUUCCCAUCGGUCAACCUCGCGGCACGGCGUGACCAACUACCGACAUGAAGACGUAGGUCCGCGAAUAGCAUUCAAAGAUCGAUAUCACGGGCUGGAAACCGUGAUGAGCGAUAUCCUGAAUUCCCCCAUCGGCAGCCGUCGUAUGAAUCCGGAUCCCCGCAUAUCAUUGACCUCGACGAUUACCGUCACAGAUCGGGAUAGUGUGCCGGCAGAACCAGCACGGACAUGA